GUCCUACUCUGUUUUCAUAUUUAAUGGUAUUUGCAACCCCUUAGCCUAUAAAUUAGGUGCCCCAUUUCUAAUUAAGAGUGUCCCUACUCACUUAGAUUUUCAGACAUAAGAACCUAAGAAAUAGAUACACAAAAACAGAGUUAAAAAAUGGCUGGUGGAGUAUUCGCUGUGGAUAGAACACCAGAUACCCCUAUCAAUGUUAGUGGCAAGUUAACACUCUCAAUCAUCAUUACCUGUAUUGUUGCUGCUUCUGGUGGCCUUCUUUUCGGAUAUGACGUCGGAAUUUCAGGAGGUGUCACAACAAUGGUACCAUUUCUUCAAAAAUUCUUUCCAGACAUUCUAAGAAAGGCAGCUGGUGCCGAAGUGAACAUGUAUUGUGUGUAUGACAGUCAAGUGUUGACAUUAUUUACGUCUUCUCUGUAUCUAGCUGGGUUAGUGUCAUCACUUAUAGCUAGCAAAGUCACGACGAUAUACGGUCGGAGAAACGUCAUCAUAAUUGGUGGUUGUGUGUUCGUUGCUGGUGGUGCUAUAAACGGAGGUUCUGAAAAUAUUCCUAUGCUUAUCUUGGGUCGUAUUCUUCUUGGGUUAGGGGUUGGUUUCACUAAUCAAGCUGCACCGCUGUACCUAUCUGAAAUAGCUCCACCAAAAUGGCGAGGCGCUUUCAGCACGGGGUUCCAAUUCUUUCUAGGAGUUGGUGUACUUGCUGCAGGUUGCAUUAACUAUGGCACCGCCAAACACACAUGGGGAUGGAGACUCUCUCUAGGACUUGCAGUUGCCCCUGCAGCUGUUAUGACUAUUGGCGCCUUUCUCAUAAGUGACACACCUAGCAGCUUGGUAGAACGUGGUAAAAUAGAGCAAGCCAAAAAAGCCUUACAAAAAAUUAGAGGAUCCUCUGUUGAUAUUGAACCCGAACUAGAACAACUUAUUAAGUGGACACAAAUUGCAAAAUCAGUAAAACAAGAGCCCUUUAAGGCCAUAUUCAAAAGAGAGUAUCGACCUCACUUGGUCAUGGCAUUCACAAUUCCGUUUUUCCAACAAAUUACAGGGAUUACUAUUGUCGCUUUCUAUUCACCUAACCUCUUUCAAUCAGUUGGUUUGGGACACGAUGCCGCUUUACUUUCUGCCAUUAUACUUGGAGCCGUUAACCUUGCUUCUAUCCUUAUCUCUACUGGUGCUGUUGAUCGAUUUGGUCGAAGAAUCUUAUUCAUAACAGGGGGAAUUGUCAUGAUUGUUUGCUUGCUUGCGGUGUCCAUUCUGCUAGCAGUAGUUACUGGUGUUCAUGGUACAAAAGACAUAUCAAAGGGCAAUGCAAUAUUGGUAUUGGUGUUAUUGUGUCUCUACACUGCUGGUUUUGGUUGGUCAUGGGGUCCUUUAACAUGGCUAAUUCCAAGUGAAAUUUUCCCAAUAAAUAUAAGAAGCACAGGACAAAGCAUAGCUAUUGCUGUAAAUUUCAUAACAGUGUUUGUGUUAUCACAAACAUUCUUGACAAUGUUAUGUCAUUUUAAGUUUGCAGCUUUCUUGUUCUAUGCUGGUUGGUGUAUUGUGAUGACAAUUUUUAUCAUAUUUUUCUUGCCUGAGACUAAGGGAAUUCCUUUGGAGUCAAUGUAUGUGAUAUGGGGUAAACAUUGGUUUUGGCAACGGUUUGUUAAAGGACAAGAUGGCCAAGAAAAUAAUCCAUGAAGUUUGGGAGCAAAGGAUGUAAAAUAUUGACUUUUGGCUUCCUAUGCCUGAUGUUUGUGUUUGUAUAAGGAGGAUUAGUAUUCAAACAGUAUUUACGCUUCUUAAUUAAAUUAUUAUUGAUAUUUUUUUAAAAAAGUCAAUGCACAUUUAUCAUGUUGCAAAUUGUGUAAUGACUUUAUAAAAAUCAUCAAUAGUACUAAAAAAUGUAUUACGUCUUAAA